ACAUGCUGAAACGAGCCCCCCAGAAACUCAACAGGCUGCAAUGGGGCAAGAGAGGUUUUAGUAGUUUUGUCACAUGAUUGACAGGUCGUGCAUGAUGACAGAACUGUGCGGACUAAAUCGUCCAUGUGCGGCAACCAGUACAGCUCUCUGAGGCCUUGUUUCGUGCGAACUAUGCCCUGGUGACCUUCAUGAGCCAGAUGUUCUAUCUUCUCCUGAAGGUACUUGGGGACCACCAGGCGUGUUCCUCUGAAGACCAGUGGCGACUCAACUGCAAGUUCAUAUCUAACUACAAAAUAUGGCUGAAUAUCAUUUGGGAGAGACUUACUCACCUUAGGCCACCCUGAACUAAUGACCUGUUGCAGUUGUGCCAGCGCAGGACAAUGUUCACAUUCAGCUUUAAAAUCCGCAAAUGGCAGUGCAGCAAGGAGGGGAGAGAUCUCAGCUAUUUCUGUGAAUAGAUCUUGCUCAAGAUCUGCAGCAGAGCUGGAUGUGAGAAGGGGAAUACGUGAAAGGUAGUCUGCCAUAACAUUCUGUCUACCUGGGCGGUACUGCACAUCGUAUUGUAAACACAUCAGCUGAGCCGACCAUCGUGUGAUCCUCAUGCCAGCUCUGUUCAUGCCUUUGGUAUUGAGGAGGGUGGUGAGAGCUUGGUGGUCAGUUCGAAGUGUGAAUCUGUGUCCCCAUACACAGGCUAAAGCCUCUUUUUCUGUAGUAGAAUACUUCCUCUCUGCAGCUGAUAGUGUACGGGAAGCAAAGGCCACAAUGCGUUCAAUAUGGCCUGCGUGCAGUUGGGUCAGGACAGCUCCCAACCCGUAGUCAGAGGCAUCUGUUGUUAUGAAAGUAGGUAAUUUAGGGUCAUAGAUACAGUAGCAAGUGCAGGGCUUUUCAGGGGCAGUGUUUUAAGUUUAAUGAAGCUUUUAUCUGCGGCAUCAUUCCAUCGUAACUCCUGUGGACCUGCUCUAAUCAACUGUCAUAGGGGCUCCACGAGUGUAGCAUAGUGUAGUUUGGUAGAAACUUGCUGAACCAGGAAGUUAAACCCAGGAAGGAGCGUAAUGCUGGCAUGUUAUUAGGCACAGGAGCUUCAACUAUAGCAGUCAGAUGAUCUGGAGUUGGGUGCAGGCCUUCCUUAGAAAUGACAUGCCCCAGAAAUGUAACGUCUGUUUGACCAAAAGAACUUUUGUCAAAAUUUAUUUGAAGGCCGGCAUCCCUAAGACACUCGAGGACCACUUGCAGGUGCUUGUCAUGUGUGGCCUUUGAGUCUCUAUAUACUAUUAUGUCAUCUAAGUAGUUCUGUACUCCAGGCAGAUCUUUCAGUAUUGUCUGCAUCAUUUUCUGGAAAGCCAGAGCACAGAGCACACUUCUCUCAUUUGACCGAAGCAGCUGGACAGUUUUUACCAUUAGCCAAAUGCCUGGUGGAUCCACAUCUGAAGCAUUUACGUUGCUGCUGAGUAAUGUUCACCGGUUUGCUUUGGUGCCGGUCCAACGCCGGUGAUUUAGCUGGGUGCACUACUCUUCUCCCUCGAAAACGUGUGUUCUGCGUUCCAAUAGCAUGAACCUGUGCAGUCGGGACGGUCCUGGCUGACGAAAGCAGCGCGGCAUUUUUAAACGGUGCCUCGACCUGCUCUGCGAUCCUCUGAGCCUUGUCCAGUGUGAGAUCAUCCUACAGUAAUAACUUAUCCUUCACCGCAGUGAGAUAAGAGUUUGAUAUUAACUGAUCUCGUAUCAUCUCACUUUCCAUUUGUCCAAAAUCGCAGGAUGUAGCAAAAGCUCUUAAAGCAGCCACAUACUGUACUGGGACACAGUUUCAUCAGCUCGCUGCACACGUUGCCGGAAUAUGUGCCUGCAUGCAACUACGUUAACUUUCAGAACAAAGUGCUUCUCGAGAGCGGUCAUGGCUUCCGGACCCAGGCAGUGUAGCAAAACCGCACGUCUCCUAGCAUCUGGCUGUGCGUCUCCCGUGGCAUUUAUUACUAGCAUGUAGUUGUCGAAAAUCUUUCGCCACGUAAGAAACGGUAUCGGUGGCUCACCAGCAUGAGAAAGAAAGGGUGACGGUAAAAUGCGGAUUCCGCCAGAUUCCGCCAGACAUAAACAAAAGAGCCUUCGAGGAGCUCAGCAAUGCGCUCCACGUCACGUCAGCUGCAGACACACCUCGAACGCACCCCGUGAUUAGGUAACGUCGUAUGGGUUUCUUUCUAUGCCACGUGAUCUGUCUAUGCGGCGUGCGUCAUUUGCGACACGUCUGUUUAUAAACAUAAAAUCCAUUGUUUGUAAACAGUCCGCAUUUUACCCUCACCCCUUGCGCAAUGCCUCCCCAUCCUCCUGAAGACAAGAUAAGCGUCCCGCAUACUUAUCCUCCCCUUGCCCUGAGGACGAUCCCACAUUCCGACCCCACGCUCUCUCCUGAAACCAAGAUAAGCAUUCCGUAUUUCAUGAGACACAAGUUAUUUGUGAAAAAAAAGUUGUACAGGUGAGCGGUAAAACCAGCAUGUUGGUGCAGUUCAAUAAUAUUCUGGGGGAAUCAUGGACGAUGAAUCUGAAUUUCAGGAUGAUUAGUCCAUACAUGAUCAGAAUUAAUCCACAAUCACAAUUUAUAGUAAAAGGAUUAAUUCCAUGCCACGUGGGCGACGUAAUCGUCUGCGAAUUCAUCCUAAUACACCUUGUUAUACGUACAGCACCAGGUGCUAGUACAGUACUUACUUUGUUAUUCUGUUCCAGGUGCCAGUGCUUUCAGUAGACAGAGGUGCUGCUACUGUGUACCUAGUCAGACUGUGAUGCACAGGAAAUGGUUUCUUUCCAGCCAUAAUCAUCUAAGCAAUGGCUCACCAUUCCCAUGGAGAGACCCAGACCUCGCUCACCGACCUCUUGGAGGAUUACCUGGAGGAGCUCGAUGAUGAAGAGCUGAAGAAGUUUAAAUCGAAACUGAGUCGCACAAAGUAUGAAGAGUUAAAGCCCCUUUCCAGGGCUCAGAUGAAGGACUUGGAUAGAACAGACCUCGCCGACAAGAUGAUAAGUUCCUACAGUGAAGUUGAUGCUCUCAAUGUCAUGCUUGAAAUCUUGAAGAAGAUGAACCUGAAUGAUCUUGCUCAGAGACUGAAUGAAGACCUGCAGCAGGGUGCCCAAGCAGGAAGUGAGCUGGGUGACAAAUUGGAGCAGAACACUAUCAUGUCAGAAAGACCAAAGCCCUCCGGUGCCCAGGAAGGAAAACGAGGAAGAGGAGAGGAGGAAAAAUGGGAAAAAGACAGAGGGGAGCUCAUAUUCAGCACAAUGAAAUCUACCCUGAAGCAGAAAUUUGAGUGUGUAUUUGAAGGGAAAGCUAAGGGAGGACAGCCAACACUUCUCAGUGAGAUUUACACAGAACUCUACAUAACUGAAGGUGGGACUGGGGGAGUCAAUGAUGAACAUGAAGUAAGACAGAUUGAAACGGCACCCAAGGAAAGGCGAACAGAAGAUACUACAGUCAAGUGCAAUAAUAUAUUUAAACCCUUAUGUGGGCAGCUCUUCUUGUGGCAGAACUGUGGAUGA